ACAGCUGAUCUGACUCAUCUGAUGAUGAUUUGAUAACAAAAAGAAAAAAAUUGUUUCUUUAUCAAGCCCAGUUUGGUGUUAUUGUUCACGAAUUUAUAUAAAUAACUGAUAUACUGAUUUCUUAUCGUUUGUUAAAACUUUUAAUAGUCUAAAUUAUCGUAGUUUCCCAUACUUUACAAGCCAUACCAGAAGCAAACAGGAAGCUUUAUCUAAUGCUACAUUGUUUCUAAAAGGAUGCCAAUCCUCUAUAGUGUGGUUUCCCGAGGCACAACGGUCCUAGCCAAAUAUGCUAGUUGUGCUGGGAAUUUCGCUGAAGUUACCGAACAAGUCAUUGCAAAAAUACCAGACUAUAAUGAUCGACUAACGUACACACAUGGCAAUUAUCUGUUUCACUAUAUAUGUGAAAAUAGGAUUAUCUACAUGUGCAUCACAGAUAAUGAAUUUGAACGAAGUCGAGCAUUUUUAUUCCUGAACGAGAUCAAGAGGCGAUUCCAAGCAAAUUAUGGCCCAACAGCCGAGUCCGCUCUGGCAUACUCGCUCAAUGCUGAGUUUGCUCGCAUUUUAGCGAACGAAAUGAAGCAUUACUCCGAAAGUCACGAUGUGGAUACCAUUUCUAAAGUACACAGCGAACUGGAUGAACUGAAGAACAUUAUGGUGAAAAAUAUUGAUAGUGUCGCGCUGAGAGGAGAGAAAGUGGAGUUGUUAUUGACCAAAACCGAAAAUUUGAAUAAUGGCGCUGUUUCUUUUAGGCAAACGAGCAGAAACCUGGCACGCUCCAUGUUCUGGAAAAACAUCAAUUGUACGUCAUCAUCGCCAUAGUAAUAGCUGUGGCGGUUUACUUUAUAGUGUCGAUGGCUUGCGGAGGUCUAUUAUGGCAAGGAUGCGUCUCUAAGUAAAAAACGAAUAAUUUUACAAUUAAACAAUAUUAUUACAUAAAGGGACAAGCAAUUCACGGUUAGGCUACAGUUUUAAAUUCGGGUUUUUUUUUAACUGGUUAGGUUAAGUAAACGUCUAUGUGAUAUAUAUAAGAAAAUAUUUGUUUCAUAUCAUUCCUAACCAAAUUAUAAAAUUGAUCUUUAUUAUUUAUCGAAUACGUGGGCUCGUGCGGCUUUUCCGUUAUGUUUCUGAUAUAUUUUCAAUUAGAUUUAUUCGAGGCAUAUAUAUUGAUAUUUAGAAUAAUUCGUUUUACUUGCAUACAUAAUUAUAAUGAUGAUAUUUACUUUUUAUUUAUUCAAUUUUUGUAAUAUAAAUGUGUUAACCUUGAA